GCCUCUUCCCCCUCCCCCUCCCCCCUGUCCGCUGUCCUCUGCCCCCUCCAUCCAUCCCCGCCCGCGCGCAGCAUGUCCUCCCGGGGCCGGUCGUCAAAUGGGUCGGGCGCCCCGCCGACCAACAACCCCCGGCUCAAUGCCGUGCUCAGCAACUUGAGCAAGUUCAACAACGCACGGUCGAUCUCCAAGGAGAUGCUCCAGGAGGUGGAGCGGUUCGCCACCGCGGACUACGCCGGCCAGCAACUCAAGCGCUAUCGCAAGACUCAGAUCCUCAAGGCCGGCGGCAAGGUCGGCAAGGUCCACAAUGUCCCGAUGAAUGUGGGCCUCGGUCACCGCCAGGCCCAGUAUGGCCGUGAGCUGAAGCAGCACCAGGCCAGCCUGGAGGCCGGUAACCUCACCUCGAAGCAUGCGCCCACCCUGAAGCGUGGUCGCGAGUCCUCCCUGGCCGGGGAGAUGCGCCGCCAGGGUGGCGACAUCGGGUCCCGCACGCGCUUCGGCAAGUUUGUCGACGGUAUUUUCCACAUCAGCGAGCACACGCGCGUCAAGCACGAGCGCGAGAUCCGGCCACCGUCGGCCGACAAGCUGCGCGGGGGCAAGUCCGCUGGCAAGGCGUCCAAAAAGGCCUCCGGCGGCAAGAAGAAGAAGAAGUUCCGUCGCUGAAGGCGGACAGACGGAUGGGCCGGUGUGCCGGCUCUUCUCGACCUCCGCUCGCAUGGCUGUCCGGAUAUGUGGCACGCACGCACGCGCGCGCACGUCCUUCCCCCUUCGCCUGGUCCAACCCCUUGUCCUUGAUUUUUCCCUCUUCUUCCCCGGGCCGGGGGGAUGUGCAUGCACAUCCGCCCCGCGUCCAUCCUGGUGGUGUCCCCCCCCCCCAUGUUUCGCGGCCAUCCUCGCCAACCAUAGAUCAGAAAAAUGUGUCCGUCCCUCUCUUGGCCCUUGUGUGACCGCUUCUCCGCCUUGUCACAGCCUUGUGAGUGGCCACUUUCUUCCCCCUUGCCUGGUACUCUCCCCCCUCUUCCGGUGGCUAUCAAGACAUGUGCCUGGAGAUAUACACGCAUGUCCAUGCGCAUAUAUAUAUAUAUAUAGGCCGA